AUGGGCCUCGGUCCAUCCCACCCCAACCGGCCCAGCCCCUGGCUAUAUCCCCCCAAGGGCAAUGAAACCCUAGCCUCAACCCGAACCACCCCCCCCCCCCGCUCGAUACCCACUCCCCCCACGUUUCCCUCGCUCCUCCCCUCUCCCCCCAAUCGGAUCUGGAUCGGGGCAGUUGCCCCGGCCCCGUCGAAUGUCGCCCCUGCCUCCUCCCAGGCGCCCCCACUCGACUGGAUCGGGGAGGGGCCCAAUCCUGCGCCGCCCUGCGCCGCCAACGCCGGCGCCGCCUCGUUGCCACCGUGCUCCGCCACCUUGUCGGCGCCGCUCCACCGCCUCUCCCUCGCCGACGCCAACGUGCCCCGUCGCCCCCCCCCCCUUCCCUGCUCGCAAGUGAGCGCCACCGUCCCCCUUCGCCCCCUCUCUCCCUGGGUCGCCACGGUCACCACCGUCCCCGCCCGCAGUCUACGCGCUCCGGCCGCGCCCGUUGCAUGCUCACCGCGCCCCUCUCCCCGACGCUCGCGCCCCGACUCCGAGCCCACACCACGUCUCCGCUGCGCGCUCACACACCGGCGGCCGGCCUCGCCCGGCUCCGCCGCCCCUGCCCUGCGUGGCCUCGCCACGCCCUCUCCGCCAAUGCCGGACCCCGCCUGCACUGCAGCCUCCACACGCGCGCCUCGCGCCCGUGCUUCCACCCGCGGCCGCUCGCCCCGUUCCUCCACCGUGUCGCGCCCGUCCACCGUUUGGCCGCGCCGGCGGCUGUCCUCGUCGGCCCUGCCUGCCGGCCAGCGCCAGCCGCUCCUGUUGUGGCCGCGGCCACGCGCCUGGGCGUGCGCCCAUGCGGGCUAUGCUCGCACCCUAGGGGGCUCCGCCCUGUUUCGCCCGCCCCGCUAA